GCCAAGCUCAAACGGCACUUGGGCUUACCCUUUCGAGACAAAGGCAUCGAUUCGUUGGCCUUGAACCUGUCAGUGGCGGUUCAAGCAAAGGACUAUGCCAACAGGGCCAAGUUCUCUCCUUUGCAGCCCUACGUGCAGCACUUGAUCGUCGCCACGAACCGGAGCACCCGCCUCCCCGAGCAUUGGCUCCGCUGGACCGGCGCCGAGCAGCGAACCUACACCGCGGAGGAGAUCGAUGCCUGGCGAGCGGCGGCGGCGGCGGCGCAGAAGCGAGAGCAUGGGAGAGCGGAAAGCCAG